UUAUCUGCGCUACUUCUGAUGGCCUGUGCUUGCGAUGGCUACAGGAUCCUGAUCAUGUUCCCGUCUCCGGGCAAGAGCCAUAGCAUCCUCGCCCAGGGCUAUGUCCGUCAUCUCACUAGGGCUGGACAUGAGGUAACGCUUGUCACAUCAUUCCCUUCAAACAGCACAAACCCCAAGUUGCGUGAAAUUGACGCCAGUGACAACUUGGUAACCGUUAAAGGGCGUGCAUUGAAAUUAGGAAGAAUCAUGAAGAAAGAGUAUGACAUAACAGACCAAAGCCUAACAAUAAGUUACUAUGGAAAUGUCGCUCAGAUGUCGCUGAGGAACAAGAAUGUACAACAAGUAUUAAUGGACGACAACGAGCACUUUGAUGUGGUUAUUGCGGAGUGGCUUUUUGAUGAACUUUAUAGUGGGUUGGGUACCGUAUUCAAUUGCCCUUUAAUCUGGGCGUCCACGUUUGAUCCGCAUUGGCUCAUACUACGCCUGAUCGACCAGCCUAGCAACCCCGCGUACGUUGCUAACUGCAAGUCUCUCAACGUGCCACCCUUUACGCUGGUGCAGCGGGUGGAAGAGCUGUGGGCUUUCAUUCGGGUGGCUUUUGCGAAGUUCUUGUAAGCAUUUCUUAGGAUACAAUUUUAUCGUCACGAA